AAUUUUUAAACAACUAGAAUCGCCUCUGAAAAACUAAAAAUACGAAACUGUAGUGAGCACUUCCUGUAGAAGAGGGUGUAAUCCCACUGCUGCCAAUCCUCACAACUAGCUGUAGCUGUCAGUAGAUUUUUUUAUUUACACUCUCCCCUAACAACUCCCAAAUAAUAAUAAUCCACCGGUUUAAAUCACCCGAUCGCGCAACUCCUCUUCCUCGAGAACUGACUGCACCCUGGACCGGAAUAUUUCCCCUGAAAGCACUUACAUUAAAAAAAAAAAUCCUGCUCAUAACCUGAUAACCUAUCAACACAAAAUAAAUCAUGAAGUUGCUCAAUAAUAAGAGAAUCCUCUCGCGAUAGUCAUCCUCAUGCCCCAGGAUAACAUCAUUGAUAAAAUAUCUAAUCAUGUCCUUCAUCAACCUCAUCCUCAACAGUGCACUCCUCUGGAUGUACACCGAGACCACCUGGUACGUCAUCAUCACCACUAUUUUGUAUUUUUCCCUUCCCUGGUUAUUCUGGGGCACCCUGGGGAUUCUCGUUGCCCUGUGGUUCAUUAAAAAUCAACCAGUGGAUGAGAAAACAGUCAAUCAAGUACUAGGUGUCGAUCCUUUUAAUUGUGAGGAUGGUCCUGGUCAUGGGGGAGAGUAUUGCAUGCGAGUAGUGGCACAUCGAGGUGGAGGAUACGAUUACCCGGAGAACAGCCUCUCAGCUUUUCGUAAUAGCAAAGAGAAGGGCUGCAGCGCUGUGGAGUUCGACCUGGCGUUCACCAAAGAUCACAUUCCAAUAAUAUUCCAUGAUGAAACUGUGGAGAGACUCACUGGGAGGCCGGGGGUUGUCAAGGAGAUGACGUGGGACGAGUUGAAUAAACUCGAUAUCUCGUUCAAUCAUCCUCUGAAGGAAAAAUUUAAUGGAGGCGAGAGGAUAGCUCUCUUCAGCGAUACAAUCGAGCAGUGUCUGAGCCACGAUCUCAGGGUUUUCAUCGACAUCAAGGAGACGAGUCUCGAUAUUGUCCCCGUGGUAUUGGAUGCCUACCAGAGGCAUCCUGAAUUAUACAAAAAGGCCGUCGUCACUAGUUUCCAUCCACUAGUCAUCUACAUGAUAAGGAGAAGAGAUCCAAACGUCAUGGGGAGCCUCUCCUACAGGCCGAAGAUCUUCUCGACGAUAUCCUACGAAGGAUUGACUGAUUCGGGACCCCCGAGAUAUUCAAAUCCAAUCAGACACUCGGUAGCUAGACUCCUGGAUACAUUGAACGACUGGGCAUUGACAAGAUUCACUCAUUACGUCAUUGGAAUUUCCGUCAUUUUAUUGCAUAAAGACAUCAUAAGUCCAAGAACAAUUGGGGAGUGGCGGAACAGAGGAAUUCGAGUGAUCGCCUGGAGUGUUAAUUUGCCCUCGGAGAAGCUCCACUUCUCAAAAAUCCUGAAAAUCGCGUAUUUGACUGACACACUCCUCGCCGAGAGACUCCCCUGAUAACGAAACAAUCGUAUUUUCGUGUUUAAACAAUUAAUAAAAAAUGACAAGGGCACAUUUUAUAUAAUCGCAGUAUUACAAGUACCUAAUGACAAUUGGAAUAUCUAGUCUUAAGCGAUUCCAUUAUUUGAUUUAAAGAUAUAUGUUUUAUUUACAAAGAAAUGUAUUUGUCCAUGGCAACUGAUGUUUCCAGUUUUUAUUUAGAGUUUCAUCUUUAUUUUUAGCCCAACGAGAAUAAACGGAAAUCACAAGUA